AUGAGGUGGGUAAAUUAUGUGUCAUUGAAUCUCAUACUAUUACUUCUGAAGUUAACACACGCAGCCUCAAGUCAAGCCGAUGCAGGUGUUAUAUUGGGAUGUGACCCCAAGGUGGUAACAAGCGGAUUCACCGUCUCCUAUUACAGUCUUCCACUGGUAGGGACUAAAUCACCAUGUUAUAAUCCUGCGUAUAGUUCGUCGGCUUAUUUGCAUGGUGGAUAUCAAACUCUUGGCUCUGGAUUACUUGGAACAAGUUCAGGUGUCACCAACUUAACUUUUGACACUGGUAGCACAGGAUUUACCAGUUGUGGGGUUGUAAAUCAGAAAAUGCCUUCAAACUAUAAUUUUGACAAAACGAUCUCGACGUCAAACUUUUCCAUGUUAAUGACAGGGUACUUUUAUGCACCCACGACAGGUACAUACAGUUUAAAUUUGGCUUCCAUUGAUGAUCUUGCAUACAUUAACGUUGGUGCUGGAAAUGCCUUCAACUGUUGCCAAAUUUCUAGCUCUGUAUCUAACCCUGGCAACUUUUCGCUUUAUGCAAUUUGGCCUCAAACUCAUAAUUAUGUGACAAUUGAUUUAGUAGGAGGAUACUACUACCCACUGAGGGUGUUUUAUGUGAACAGGAAUUAUAUUGGAGGAAUGAAAUUUUAUUUUACGACGCCAGACGGGGUACUACAUACAGACUGGACUGGUUAUAUCUUCAGUGCCCAGGAUGGUGCCAGAUGUGACGUGCAACCAAAGUACAGCACAACUUUUUCUAAAGUGACCCAAAAAACUUCGUAUACAACAAUUUCAACUUACACGGACACAAACGGAGCUACUUCGACAGGUAACUUUAUCGUUGAAGUUGACCCUCUAACUGACACCGUAACAGGUACGACAAUCAAUCAAUGGACUGGAUCGUAUACAACGACAUACUCAACUACCGUCGAGACUGCAACAGGUUCUGACGGGUUUCCAACAGUGAGCACUAUAUACUACGUUGAGACCCCAGCAGUCGUUUCAACCACGUACACUGGAUGGACUGGGUCUGAGACGUCCACCUACUCCACCGACGUGACUACCUACACUGGCACUGACGGUGAGUUGACUACCGAGACCAUCUACUACGUCGAGACUCCAGCUGUUGUUUCUACCACGUACACUGGAUGGACCGGAUCUGAGACAUCUACCUACUCUACCGACAUUACCACAUUCACCGGUACCGAUGGCCAACUGACUACCGAGACCAUCUAUUAUGUUGAGACUCCAGCUGUUGUUUCUACCACGUACACUGGAUGGACUGGAUCUGAGACGUCCACCUACUCCACUGACAUUACCACAUUCACCGGUACCGAUGGCCAAUUGACCACUGAGACCAUCUACUACGUCGAGACCCCAGGUGUUGCAUCUACCACGUACACUGGAUGGACUGGAUCUGAGACGUCCACCUACUCCACCGACAUUACUACCUACACUGGUACCGACGGUGAGUUAACCACUGAGACCAUCUACUACGUCGAGACCCCAGCAGUCGUUUCCACCACGUACACUGGAUGGACUGGAUCUGAGACGUCCACCUACUCUACCGACAUUACCACAUUUACCGGUACCGACGGUGAGUUGACUACCGAAACCAUCUACUACGUCGAGACCCCAGGUGUUGCAUCGACCACGUACACCGGAUGGACUGGGUCUGAGACCUCUACCUACUCCACCGACAUUACCACAUUCACCGGUACCGAUGGCCAAUUGACUACCGAGACCAUCUAUUAUGUUGAGACUCCAGCUGUUGUUUCUACCACGUAUACUGGAUGGACUGGAUCUGAGACGUCCACCUACUCUACCGACAUUACUACCUACACUGGUACC